GACUCAGUAAUUGAUGCUGGUCCCCUGUCAGAAGAGUUCAUGUGAAGACUGCCCAUGGAAGGUCGAUGCCUGUGUUUGCUGAGGCUCUAGGAUCCUGUUGUUUUGCUGUUUAAUUAACUGAAGAGUCCAGUUUUUCCCAUGAACCAUCUUUCACCUCGGGAAGGUAGAGGUGCAAAGUAGGUCAACCAACAUGAGUGGCCUUGGGGACAGCUCAACAGACCCUGCCAACCCCGACUCUCGGAAGAGGAAAGGCUCGCCCUGCGAUACAGCCCAGAGCAAUGAAAAGCGGCGACGGGAACAGGAGAACAAAUAUUUAGAGGAGCUGGCGGAGCUGCUGUCUGCAAACAUCGGGGACAUCGACACUCUGAGUGUCAAACCUGACAAAUGCAAGAUCCUAAAAAAGACAGUUGAUCAGAUCCAGCAGAUGAAGAGGUUGGAGCAAGGUAAGGUGGCAGCAUCCUGCCUUGGCUUGUCGGAAAGCUUCAGAGUAAGAGCGUUCUGCUACCCUUCAGGUGCUAAAUUGCAGCAAAUAAUCACGCCUGAAGUAAUGAAAAAUCACGACAUCAUCAUUCCAUUUGCAGUAGUUUCCCUUCUCCCACUUUUCUGGAAGCAGUAA